ACUAAACACGGUUAUUCGCAUAAAAGUAACUGUAAAUUGACGUCCUAAUGCUCAUGGGCUUAUUUAGAGUCAGAGUUAUAGUAGAUGGCAGCUUAAUAAUUUUAGGUUAGAAUGAAAACAUUGUUUGUUUUGUGAUUGUUUAAUCGUUUCAAUUGGUUGUAAGUGCAGAAUUAUAAUAUGUUGACUAGUUGUUCAAGUCUUAUCUAUAAAUGCUAUCAGUGCUUGUACAUACAAUGUGAAGAGAAGUGUUUAUAAUAAUAUGUAGCGUUUAUAUUUAUUAUUGCGUGAGUUUAAGAUUCUUUAGUUUACAAAAGUAUUGAACAUUGAAUACUGUGAAACAUUGUGUAUAGUAUAGGUACCUAUAUGAGUUACACGACGUACUUGCAUCGUUUGUGUUGAUAAAAUUUUUAGUUCCAAUUCCGAAGAGUCACGGAGCGCUAGUUCGGUUUGUUUACAUACGGCGUUGGCAUUAACAUUAACCUCUCAAAAAUGGACCGCGAAAUAAAAAGUAACGCUAUAACAGUUGCCAAUGUUCCAAAUACAGAUCGUAUUUCACGUUUAAAUGAACUUUUCUUUGUGGAGUUCAAGUGCAGCCCAUCUUUUUUCGUAAAAGUGCCAGGCAGAGUGAAUAUAAUUGGAGAACAUAUCGAUUACUGCGGCUAUCCAGUGUUGCCAAUGGCUAUAGAACAGGAUAUUCUAAUCGCGGCUCGAGUGAUAAAUGAAUCAAAAAUAUAUUUACGAAAUGUUGAUACAAAAUAUACUAAAUAUGAUAUAAAUAUAACAAAUAAUUCAGAAGACAUAGAAAUUAAACCAGACACGAAUGGGAAACCUUUUUGGUAUAAUUAUGUACUUUGUGGCAUAAAAGGUGCACUAGAAUAUUUAAAUAAAGACAAUAUCAACGGAGUGCAAUUUCUUUUUCAUGGUAAUAUACCUCCGGCCUCUGGACUUUCAAGUUCUUCUGCCUUAGUAAGUGCUUCAUGCCUUGCAUUUAUCUAUGCACAGAAUGAGAUACCAAAUAAAACUGAGAUUGCUUCACUAUGUGCCAAGAGCGAAAGAUAUGUUGGAACACAAGGAGGUGGAAUGGACCAAGCUAUUGCCUUCCUUGCUGAAAAAUAUAACGCACAAUAUAUAACGUUUAAGCCAUUGAAUGCUGCACCCGUAGCUUUGCCAGAAGAUGCUGUAUUUGUGGUUGCACAUAGUCUUGCUGAAAUGAAUAAGGCCGCAACGAAUGAUUACAAUAGACGAGUAAUAGAAUGUAGGCUAGCUGCUAAGAUAAUAGCGAUUCUUGAAGGAAUAUCUUGUGAUAAUAAUAUCAUCACUUUAAGUGAAGUACAAAUUAAGCUAGCAAAAUCUUUAGAAGAAAUGGUAAACCUUGUAAAAAAGCAUAUACCAAAUGAAAUUUAUACAAAACAGGAUAUAUGCAAAAUUUUGAAUGUUAACCAAGAGAAAAUGGAGAAUUUAUAUUUAACUGCCAAUACAAAAAGUCUACAAGAGUUUAAAUUAAAACAACGGGCACUCCAUGUUUACGAAGAAGCGAAGAGAGUUGAAGACUUUCGUAAUGCAUGCGGACAAAGUGAAAAUGGCUUCGCAAAUACAUUGAAUGGAAAUAUUUCCCAAAAUGGCAAAAAUACGAAUAAUACUCUGAAUGUUUUGGGCAAAUUAAUGUCUGAAAGUCAUGAAAGCUUGAAAACACUUUAUGAAUGUUCCCAUGAAAACUUGGAUCGUAUUGUUGAUAUAUCCAAAGAACUCGGCGUACAUUGUCGUCUCACUGGAGCUGGUUGGGGAGGAUGUACAGUAGCCUUGUGUCCAAAAGAUAAAGUACAAGAAUAUACAGACACGAUAAUUGAAAAAUUUUAUGUGAAUUAUUGUCGCAUAGACAAGACCAAAGCCAAACAAUAUGUUUUUGUUACUAUUCCUAGUCAUGGUGCAAUGAUAUAUAAAUAUUAAAAAGUUUUUUCACGAAUUUAACAUUUAAAUAUUUUUCGGUAUUUAUUUGUUUUUUUAUUUCUUGUGCCAGUUAGAAUGUCUAAAUAAUUAAUACCUAUAUGUAAAUAUACAUAUAAUAACAGAAAUUGAUACUUUAAUAUUAUUUUCGUAUUUAGGUUAUUAACAUAAAAUAAUUUAAAUCAUUCAUUACGCACCUAUCUUAGGUACCUACCUACUAAAUUACACGAUUGGCUCCUUGCCUAUAUUUAAUUAAAAAAAUGCAAUCACGCACAAAAUUUGGCCAACAAUAGGAUUUCUGGUAUCGCCAUAGAGAAAAAAAUAAAAGAUUUUUUCUAUACUUUUUAAUGUAUUAUAAUUUUAUAAUUUAUAAUAAUUUAAAUAAAUUGUGCAUUUAUUUACAAUAUAUUACCGUAAGACAAAUAAAAGAGAUUUCGUUUACCUACUACAAAUUUUAUUUGUAAUUUAAUAAUUAAGUAGUGUUAUCCUAAAAUACAUAUUUUUUUUUAUUAAUAAGUUCAAUUUUUGCUUUAUAUUAUAUUUUAGUUACUUUUAUAAAUUUAUGUUACAUCUAUUAUUUAUACGGUAUCAUACUAUUUUACUGUCACAGUAAUAACAAAAUAAAAUGCAUGUAAUUUUAUCAUAGACACGAUAACGAAUUACGAAAUCCCUUUACAUCCGUAGAAGAACGUAAAGGGAUUUCCAUACAUACAAUUCCAUAUAUCCAUACGGGCAUAAAUACGGGAACAGAAUCUUCAAAAUCUCCAGAUAACUGCAUUAUAUUUUUAUUUUUUUAUUAUAGGUCGUAUUACUGUGACGGUAAAAUUAUACGAUAUCUGUUUUGUCAUGCUAUGAUAAAUUAUAAAAAUGGCUAUUAUUUUCCAUUUAUUACUUAUUUUUGUAAGUUAUAUGAAUGAAAUAUUAUAACAUUUAGGUAGAAUCAUUAUUAUCAACAGUAAAUAUUGUAUUUGUAAUUUUACUUAAAGAUAAUGAUAAUAUGUACCUGCCUGUCUAUCUAUAUUUUAUCUUCAAAAAAUAAAUAUAGUUUACAGUAUUA